CACCAGUGCUUGAACCAAGACAUUCAUGGUUGUUAUUCAUCCAAUUUUGCAAAGGAGAAAAAGUUGCAUGCAGAGCAAAACCCACGGGCAAGAGAAACGCUGAUGCAAGGGAGAACGGAGGAGAGAGAACAUAGAAGAAGGGGAAGAAAGGAAUUAUGAACGAGUAAAGCGGUGGUGGCCUGGCAUCUCCGGCGGCGGAACAGGCUUCGGCGACGGCUUCAAAUAUAGGUGGACUUGAAAACUGGUUUGCGUCAACCCUUAGGAUGGAUUGAUGAGGUAGGAGGAUGCUUUUUCUCUGAAAUCAAUGAUUCUUCUAGUGAAGAAUCUCAUAAACUAUGUGAUCAAGAGGGUGUAAAAUUAGGUAUUGCAGUUGAACCGAGCGAAGUUGAUAAAUCCAAUUUGAGGGAGUGUAUUGAGAAGUCUAAUGGUGGUGAAGUCAUUAUGCACAAUCAUGUGAGUUUAGUGCCUGUACAAAGAAAACUGGAUUUGGAUUUUGUAAAAAAUAUGUUCCUAACGGGAAUGAGUAUUUUUGAAAGUACUGACUUUGAGAUUCUAGGGACAUACCAAUGUUCAGGCGCAUCAAUGCAAGCACGAUUCGAGUUAUUCCGAGCACAAGCUAAAAUUACAAAAGAAUUUCAUGGGGAGGCUAAUAUUCGAUAUGCUUGGCUUCCUUUUUCAAAAGGAGAACUAUCUAAAAUGAUGGAGUAUGGACUUGGGCAUUGUACACUAUGUGCGACCAAAUGCACAUACAAUGGCGGUGUUAAUCUUGCAGCUGUUACAUGCCCUUAUGCUAGUGCUUGUUACUGUGAUAUUGAUGAAAGUGGUGUUCGACACUUGAUCCUUUGUCGUGUAAUAAUGGGGAGUAUGGAAGUUCUUUAUCCAAGCAUUGGCACUGACACCAGUCUGUUUCAACCAAAUAGCUCUCAAUAUGAUAAUGGGGUGGAUGACAUUCAAUGUCCAAGAUACUAUACAGUAUGGAAUAUGAAUAUAAAUACUCACAUUUACCCAGAGUUUAUCGUUAAUUUUAAGGUUUACGGGGAUGCUAAAGGACAUUUCUGUGGAAUCGUGGGGGAGAAUAAUGAUUCAUAUAGUAAUUCUUCAAGGGUCAAUUCAGCUAGUCAUACUUUUGGUGACCAAUUACAGCUAACCUCUUCAAUGGAUAAUGGAACUAAUGGAGUUUCUAGCACACCACAAAUUCCUAAAUCUCAUUGGCUUCCUUUUCACAUGCUUAUUGUUGCUAUCAGUGACAAGAUUCCUACUAGUGAUAUGAGCCUUAUCCAAGCAUAUUAUGAACUAUAUAAGGCAAAGCAGAUUUCUCGCCAUGAUUUUGUGAAGGAGUUAAGGUUGAUAGUUGGAGAUGCAAUAUUGAAAGAUACAAUAACAAGUCUUUAAUUCAGGAUACCAGCCGUCAAUUGAGGAAUUGAAAUGCUCAAACCAGAAUGAUAGCAAAGACUAACCAGCUAUGAGGAGUUGAAGAACUUUUCACCAGCUAUGAGGAGUUGAAGAACUUUUCAUCGAGACAACUCUUGUCAACUUUUUGUUUGGUAGUCAUCAACAUGAAGUUGUUUUAUUGUUGCUCUUAGGAAAACUGUGUUUUUCACCACUUUUUCAUUUAUUUCUAUUCAUGCUUUGCUACUAUAAUUUCAUUAGAACUUAUUUUGUAACCAUGUGUUAGACUCACCAUGCGUUAGAGUUUUAUAAUAAAAGUCGUUAG